CAAGGCCCGAAGAGGGGUGGUGCAGUGGUGCGCACCGCGCUCUGCAUCCCGGUCCCCGUGUGAGCGGGCGCGGCGCCCGACAAGACCCGCGAGCGUUCCAACUUCCACUCGCCCCGUCCCCGUGCCCCCGUGCGCUCUGCUCACUGCCCAGCCGCAGGCCGGAGCGCGCAGCGCGGCCUCGGUAGGGUCGGUCGACUGGUCGACAGGUCGAGUCAGGUAGGCUCCUGUCAAAUCAAAUCAAACACCGCUCGCCGGUCGCCGCCGCCCGCGUCAAUCGAUACAGCAUCGAUCGAACAUCCGUCCCACGCAUUCGAUUUUCCUCCUGCACCGCGCGUGGCGUCGAUCCGUGCCCGUGGAUACCCGUUGCCUGCCGCUGCCUCUGCGCCUCGCCGUGCCGUGCGUGCAGUGCGCACCGGUGGCCGCGCUCGGCGAGGGAGAAUGGCGUCGGCGAGCCGCUGGGCGUGGAUGGCGGAGGUGGCGGGGGAGGAGCUGGCGAAGCUGGAGGCGGCGCACCCGGGCCGCUUCGGCCCGCUCAAGGCCGAGCUCGAGCGCUUCGUCGCCGACCCCGCCUUGGACGAGGCCGCGUUCCCGCUCGUCUCACCCCGCGCCGACGCCGCUGAUACCACUCCGGCCGCCUCGUUCCAUUCCGCUGCUCCUUCGCGCACGGUGCCCGUGUGCACCCAAGAGUCGUCGACCCGGAAGAGAAAGCCGCGCGGCAGCGUGCGGGAGCGGGAGGAGGGGAAGCGGAGACGGCGGGCGAGCACGCCGCCGGGAGGGACGAAGGACAGGGCACUCAUGGCCAUCGAGCGCGCCCAGCGAUGCCUAGAGAGGAUCCGCGCCGUCAAACAGAGUUUGCUUGCCGCCUGGAUCCACUGAUGGGGGGAAUGCAAUGCAAGGGUGGAGAGACGAGAGCAGGAAGAAGGAACGUUUCUGGCGACGGCAUGAGGACCAAAGGAAACACCUUUUAUCGAUCGAGGGCCCUUUUUUUACCUGAUAGUACUAGGUACAACUUGGUUACCAGCAUAUGGUCAGUUUAUAUAUUUUCGGGCCACAAGAUAUGUAAUACUUUAUAUCCUUUUUGAGUAUGAUAGAUUCACCAUCAUCAACACAAAAAUGAGAAGGACAUAAGCUUAGAUACCUA